UUCUUUACCCCUUAUUUGAGAGUUGAGACGCUAGUCUUCCCUCCUCGCAAAGGCUGUGCAUUUACUAGGGACAGAAUAAUAGCAGUAUAGUUAGGGCUUCCUUGUGACUUGUGAGUGACAACUUGAGAGUGAGGACGCAGCAUCAGCAGCCAUGGCCAGCACCAAAGUUCAGAGGAUCAUGACUCAACCCAUAAAUCUUAUUUUCAGGUUUCUUCAAAGCAAAGCUCGGAUAGAGAUUUGGCUUUUUGAGCAGAAGGAUUUGCGCAUUGAAGGCCGUAUUAUUGGGUUUGACGAGUACAUGAACUUGGUUUUGGAUGAGGCUGAAGAAGUCAACGUAAAAAAGAAGAGCAGAAAGUCCUUAGGGCGUAUUCUACUGAAAGGGGACAAUAUAACUCUGAUGAUGAAUACGGGAAAAUGAUGAGCAGUCAGCAGUGGCAUCUCUUCAAUAGUCAAAGAUGUUAAGAAAAUCUCUUCAAUAUUCCUUGUGAUAGGGAAGUUUUGCGAAAACUCAAAACAUGUUUAACUUGCUACUUUGAAUUGCUUUCUACUUGUACGCAUGUCAAUCUAACUUGAAACUUUUUUAAUACAUGCAACGAAUGUGCACUGUGGUUGACAA